CCCGUCUAUACUCGUGGUCAUUCACCGGGCUGGGACCCGAGCGGCCCGUCUACACUCACCGGGCUGGGACCCGAGCGGCCCGUCUACACUCACCGGGCUGGGACCCGAGCUGCGGCGGGUGUCCGAGCUGACAGUCCCGGCGGGAGGGGGUGAGCGGCGCUGAGGUGACCGAUUACUUGAAGAAUUGAAAAGGACAAUUACAAGAAUUUUGGGCAAGUUUUAUGUAUCACAUCAACUUUUUGUGGCAUCUUCAGCUCCUUCCUACACAAAGUUUUGUAUAGUUUGGAGAGAAAGGAUGAAGCCGCGCUUGGGAAAUAGUCAACAUUCCCACAACCUUCACUUUUAUGGAAUCUCUAUUUAUUUGCUCAGUUAAAUUUGUGACAUUACGUGGUAUUGAUAUUGUGGCUGAACCUACAGUGGAUAUGUUGAGCAUCACUACAUUAAGCAGUUGAAUGGAUGCAAAUGAUAUUUUGGUUAGCCCUCAUGAACACCCGUAUCACAUCCGUUACAGAAUGGAAGCGUCCUGCUUGGAGCUAGCUCUAGAAGGUGAACGGCUUUGUAAAGCAGGUGACUGUCGAGCUGGUGUAUCCUUUUUUGAAGCAGCAGUUCAGGUUGGAACGGAGGAUCUGAAAACUCUCAGCGCCAUCUACAGUCAGCUUGGAAAUGCGUAUUUUUAUUUGCACGAUUAUUCGAAAGCUCUGGAGUUCCACCAUCAUGACCUCACCCUAGCAAGAACAAUUGGUGACCGACUGGGUGAAGCAAAAGCCAGUGGCAACCUUGGCAACACCUUUAAGCUUUUGGGACGUUUUGAUGAAGCUGUAGUUUGCUGCCAAAGACAUUUGGAUAUUUCAAGAGAGCUCUGUGAUAAGGUGGGUGAAGCAAGAGCACUGUACAACCUGGGCAAUGCAUACCAUGCCCAUGGUAAAUCCCUGGCUUGUGCAGAAGCACAAGACCCAGGCAACUUUCCAGAAGAGGUGAUGGACGUUUUACAGAAAGCUUCAGAAUACUAUAAGGAAAACUUGGUAAUAGUUAAAGAGCUUGGAGAUCGAGCAGCCCAGGGACGGGCUUAUGGGAAUCUAGGAAAUACACAUUAUCUUUUGGGGAACUUCAGAAAAGCAGUUCGAUCUCAUCAACAGCGCUUAGAAAUUGCAAAAGAAUUUGGAGAUCGGUCAGCUGAAAGGCGAGCAUGCAGUAAUCUGGGAAAUGCCCACGUGUUUCUUGGUGAAUUUGCAGUGGCUGCUGAAUAUUACAAGAGAACGUUGUAUCUUGCUCGACAGCUAAAGGACAGGGCUGUCGAAGCACAAGCCUGCUACAGUCUUGGAAACACUUACACUCUCCUUCAAGACUAUGAGAAGGCCAUUGAAUAUCAUUUGAAACAUCUUAUGAUAGCACAAGAGCUUUGCGAUAGGAUUGGAGAAGGGAGAGCUUGUUGGAGUUUAGGAAAUGCCUACACUGCAGUUGGAAACCAUGAACAAGCUGUGCAUUUUGCAGAGAAACACUUUGACAUUUCAAGAGAGGUAGGAGAUAAAAGUGGUGAACUGACCGCCCGAAUGAAUCUUUCAGAUCUUCAGUUGGUGUUGGGUGUCAGUUACAGCACAAACAACUCUAUGUUAUCCACAAUUCAUGAACUGGAUUAUAACUCUCAAGGUGCUCGACCAAGACUGGACCUUAGGCAGAGUAUGGAGAAAAUGGAAUUACUGAAGUUAUCAGCAGAAAAGGGUCAGAGUUGGAAGAGUGAGACUCACACAAAACAGAAACCUACCCUUUGGAAGCAAUCAACUAAGUUGCUGUUUAUAAAUCGAUUCAGGGGAAAAAAGCAUAAAAGUAACAGUUCAUCUGCAAACGUUCUUAAAGAUACCAGUAAUUCCAUGGUGAAAAAUGACGGCAAAGGUCAUAUCCCACAAAAGAAGAUGGGUUCAAGUACAGCUGAUGAAAGCUUCUUUGACUUAUUGAGUCGGUUCCAGAGUAAUCGAAUGGACGAUCAGCGAUGUUCAUUGACAGUCAGGCAGAGUUGUGCAAUGAAGGCAGUGUCUGCCUCAUCUGCACCAACAAAACCCGUAGCUCGCUCCACGUCAGUUGUCUCAACACAGACUGAAGAGUUUUUGGACCGGUUUGCUGGUUCGCAGAGCCGUCGAUUAGAUGAUCAACGUGCGAGCAGCGGCAGUCUUCCUGGCUUGCGACUGAAGCAGGAUAAUAGCCACACCAUUGACAGCCAUUUGAUCAGUGGUGACCGCAAGCAUCCAGACGAUCCUUUCUUUGACAUGCUCUUAAAAUGUCAAAGCUGCAGGCUGGAUGAUCAGAGAAGUACACCGCCUCAAUUUGUACAUAAAUGUGUAACUGUUCCUGACGAAGACUUCUUCAGCCUGAUCCUUCGAUGUCAGGCCAGGCGAAUGAAUGAACAACGUGUAACACUUCCUUCACGUGAGGAAACCAAGAGGAAUUCAUCCCACUGAAAUAAAGGCGUAUUUAUCGGCAAUUCAAAUGCCAAGUCUUCAUGAGGAAUGAAUGGGAGUGGGUAAAAUUCACAAUGCACUUUGGUUUGUUAGCAACCUGGGAUUUUGGCCGAAAGUUUACUUUGAAUUCUCAAUUGCUUGAGGUUUGUUUUUUUUUUUUUUAACUGGCCUGGAAAUAUUUCACAGGAAUGUAACUUAACAGAAGGUUCUAAACAGUAAACUGGAAACAUCUCGGUUCCUGUGCAGUCACACGGCCUGAUUGAAGAAUAUGCCAGCAUUAUCGUUCAGUUGAAAGCACUUCAUCUUCAGAUGAUCCUAACAGGAAUAGGAUUAUCUUCAUUUGUAGUUUUACGUGUUGUAGAUGGAGAAAUGUUGAGUUACCAGCAAACAUAAUUAUGUUCUAAUUAGCAGAAAAAUGUACACUACUUAUUUUGGGGUCUUCCGUGACUUUUUUUUAAUCAAUAACUGCAGAAUAUAAUUGAUAUUUAUAAAUGGAACUAUUUUCAAAUGUACAAAAGUGUAGCCUUAAUUAAGUCUUGUGCUGGCAGUCUUGGUCUUAAUAGAAUCAGAGUCUCACAGCGUGGAAACUUGCCCACCCCGGCCAACAUGUCCCGCCUAACUGCUUUUGGCCCAUAUCCCUCCUAUUCUGUCCAAAUAUUUCUUAAAUGUUGCAAUAGUACCUGCCUCCUCUGGCAGUUCUUUCCAUACACCUACCACCCUUUCUGUGAAAAGAUUACUCCUCAGAUUCCUAUUUAAUCUAUCCCCCCCCUCACCUUAAACCUAUGUUCUCUGGUCCUCGAUUCCCCUGCUCUUGGCAUAUACCCGAUCUAUUCCUCUCAUGAUUUUAUACACUAUAAGAUCACCCCUCAUCCUCCUGCACUCCAAGGAAUAGAGUCUCAGCCUACUCAACCUCUCCCUAUAGCUCACACUCUCUAGUCCUGGCAAUAUCCUUGUAAAUCUUCUCUGCACCCUUUACAUCUUUCCUAUAACAUAGUGCACAUAACUGAACACAUUACUCUAAAUGCAGCUUCACCAACGUCUUAUACAACUGCAACAUGACCUCCCAACUUCUAUACUCGAUGCUCUGACUGAUGAAGGCUAAUGUGCCAAAAGCCUUCUUGACCACCCUAUCUACCUGUGAUGGCACUUUCAACGAACUAUGUACCUGUACUCCUAGAUCCCUCUGCUCUACAACACUCCCCAGAGCCCUACCGUUCACUGUGUAUGUCCCGCCCAUGUUAGUACUCCGAAAAUGCAACCUCACAUAUCUGUAUAAAAUUCCAUCAACUAUUCCUCAGCCCACCUGCCUAACUGAUCAAGACCAUACUAGAAGUUUUGACAACCAUCUUCACUAUCUUCCAUACCACCAAUUUGUGUCAUCUGCAAACUUGCUAACCAUGCCGCAUACGUUCUCAUCCAAAUCAUUGAUAUAGAUGAUAAACAGCAAUGGGGCCAGCACCGAACCCUGAGGCACAGCAUUAGAUACAGGCCUCCAGCCCUCUGUCUUCUUCCAUAAAGCCACUUUUCUAUCCAUUCAGCUAUCUCUCCUUAGAUCGCAUGAGAUCUAACCAUCCAGAGCAGCCUUACUGUAUGUCUAUGUAUACAAUGUCUACAGCUCUGAACUUUUUGAAGAUGUGACCAAAAAGGUCGAUGAAACCAAUCCGAUUUGUGUCAUGAUGACCUCCCACAUACAAAACCAUGUUGAUUCUCCCUAAUCAGCCCUUGUCCAUCUAAAUGCAUACAGAAUACUCUGUAGUAACUUUCCGGCCACUCAUUGGCCUGUAAUACCCAGCUUUUACCCUGCAGCCCUUCUUGAAUAUAGCACACUCUUUAAAAAAACAUCCCACUUUCCCGACGUUUUUUUUCCCAUCAAACAACCUGCUCCAAUCUACUUGAGCGAGUUCCUGUCUCAUACCCUCAAAGUUGGCCUUGCCCCAAUUUAGCAUUUUAACUCGUGGGCCUGCUCUGUCCCUAUCCAUAAUCAUCUUAAACCUAAUAAAACAGUGGUUGCUGGUCCCAAAUGGCUCCUCCAUGAACACUUCUUCCACUUGCCCCUCUCAAUUUCCCCAGACUCGAUCCAGUGUUGCCAUCUCCUGUAGAUAUACAAAAAGCUGGAGUAACUUCAGGUCAGACAGCAUCUUUGGAUAAAAGGAAUAGGUGACCCUUCAUCAGACUCCGCAUCAGCAGUUCCUUGCCAUCUCCCGUGUCGGGCCCUAAAAAUAUUGCUGGAGGAAACUUUCCUGAACACAUUUGACAAAUUCACCCCAUCUAAUGGGGCUUUUUCACGGGGCGACUUGACGCAAGAUGUGACCAGAGUGAAGUGGUCGUGGUCUAGCACGAUAUCAUACGAUAUAACGGGGGGGGGUAGACAAAGAGUUCCCACGGUACUCGGCAUUUCUGUUAUUUGUGCGAGUGACUUGUCUGUCUCCUGAGCUUUCCCGUUAAAUCUUGAAUGAACAUUGUAAACUGUCAAGUGUAAUUAAAUCAUCACGUGACGCAAAUUAUGUCAUAAUUUAUUUUAUGGCUCUUAGAGACAUGAUUCCAACCUCAAACACAAAGGGUGUAAAAGCUGUCUGCGACUUUUUUACUUUGCAGCUGCAGGGCACAGACAGACUUAUAAGAGAAGUUUAAGUUAACUGCAAAAACAGCACUUUUACAUCUAUAGCAUUGUAUGUUUUUAAAUCUUGGAUAACAUUAAAUGGUUCUCCUGUUGAUGAACUGAUAUAUCAUUAUAUAUACUCACAUGAGCACCCGGGAUACUCCGCAGCCUUCGUCUCCAGCAGGUUCUGUUUUCUCUCCCUGUUUCUAUAAUCCUCUCUGGAUUUAUCGUAGCGAAUCUCAUUAAAUUGGUACCAUUCUGCAAGUUCCCCCUCUUGUUCCCUGGAGAAGUUAUAUGGCCUGCCAUCUUCCCUUUACAGAAGCGUCUGUAGAGGCUAUUCCUACAACGGCGAGGUAAUCUGAAAUCCACCUUGCUCACCCUCUCCCUGCUCCAAGAAACCCACAGGCAGUGUUAUAGAAACAUAGAUAUUAGGUGCAGUAGUAGGCCAUUCGGCCCUUCGAGCCUGCACCGCCAUUCAAUAUGAUCAUGGCUGAUCAUCCAACUCAGUUAUCUCUGGCAUCUCCUGUUGCCUCACCACCUGUCUCUCUUGCUGCGUCUCCUCCUCAUUCUCCUGCAUGGCUAAAACCUUUCUGACACGCUUUACCACCUUUCUUUGAGCUUUUCUGGGAGCCAUCUCUGCGUGUUCCUGUUAAAAAGAUUCUUCAACAAUGACAAUGAGGUGGGACGUCCUCGAUGGACACAUGUUCCAUUGGCGACAUUGAGACCACCUUUUUUACUCACCUUCUGUCCCCUCUGUCCAGCUUCCGGGUUUACCGUUCGCAGGAGUUCCCACGGUAACCGCAAGAGUUACUACGGAUAUCACACUGGUCACUACGUUCAUAAAAUGUUGCAAUGCUCAACCACAAGUGUACAAGUCACUCUUGGAGAAAUUCAAGCUUGCUCGUUUCUCCCGAGUACCCAAGUUACACGAUUACCUGCCAUUAGCGCCACGGUGGUCCAUAAAUGCCGUACUGUUAUCGCACGAGGUUCCCGCGAUGUUAAACUCUGGUUACCUCUUGUGUCAAGUCGCCCCGUGAAAAAGGCGUUUAAACCUUUUGCACUAUGACAUUCCCUAUCAAUGUUGGGAAAAUUAAAAUCGCCUACUACAACAACCUUAUUAGACAUGUAGCUGCCUGCAGUCUCCUGGCAUAUUUGUUCUUCUGAUUCCUGUUGACUAUUUGGGUGCCUGUUGUACACCUCCAACAAGGUGAUCAUCCCUUUCUUGUUCCUCAGCUCCACCCAUAUAACCUAACUAGACGCACCAUGUGUAAUGUCCCCUCUGACUGCUGCCGUGACAUCCUCCUUAACCAAUAAUGCAUCCCCUCCCCCCUCCUCUUUUACUCUCACUUCUGUCCAGAAGCACCUCUACCAUAGAACAUUGAGCUACCAAGUGCUAGUCUUUUUACUCUUUCUCAGUUUCAAGGUACCUACUUUAAAUUGUACAGAAUUUUAGGGCUUUCUUUGUAAUUGUAUCGGAAAGAAAUAUGAUUAUUCUUGAUAAACAUUUAUUGCUGAAUUAUGCAUUAAUAAUGUCAGUGUGACUGAAAAUGCUUUAUUUGUUGUAGUGCUUGGGAAUGUGACAAUUUUGAAAAUGAAGUUUAGCUUAAUGCUUUGAAUUCAACUCCUGAUCAUUUAUUGUAUCCUUGAUUACAAUUGGGGAAUAAAAUGUAUACAUUUUAGUAGUACAGUUUUGAAUAUCAUUAUCAAAAACAUAAUUGUGUGGAUAAACUUUAGAAAUAUGUAUGUAGAAAAGCAAGAGAUUGAGUUUUAAAUUUAAAUCAAAAUGUUUACCACUGGAUUAAGAAAUUGUUAAUGAUGUAUCUUACAAAUGUUCAAACAUUCCCAUAAUUGAUUUAUUUAGCGUUAUUCAAAAUAUUUGUACUGUAAACUUAUUUCUUGAGUCUUAAUUUUCCAAAAUACAUAGCAGUAGGAGUUGAUUAUUGAACAUUAAAAUGCCUGACCUAUUGUGCAGUAAAGAUUUACAGAGGAUCCCAAGCUUGUGAUUUUGGAAAAUAAAUUACUCAUUGACAUAGCUUCACUGAUAGUUGAAUAGCUUAAUAUUCACUUAAUAACAGUAGUAUAGUGUUACAAGCUGCGUUUGUAUUCUUGGAUAAAUAAUGACAGUGAAUUAUCUUAGGUUUCAGUGCAAACAGAUGUACAUUUCUUCAAACAAAGUAGGGUGCUAAUCUGAAAUCAUGACAUUUGUUACAUCUACAGUAAAAAAAAAUAAGAAUA